AUGUUCCAAGUUUCGAAGUUCAGCCUCACUAGAUCCAUUCUGGUCAUCUUGCCAUUUGCCCUCAAACUCGUCCAUUCGAAAGUCCACGCAGACAGCAUGCAGAAUUUCAUCGAAAAUGUCUUCUCAGGAAGACGAGCAACGGACAAACAGGGGAAUCCGUUCUCUCAUCUUCUGACCUCCAAUGCGCCUCCUUCACACGAAGAGGCGACUCAAAUUCGAGAAUUCAUCAUUAUUCUCGAGGAAAAUGUCGCGCUCCUGGAAGGUCAAUUUGACGAGGAGUCCAACAAAACCAGAGCCAACUUGUCGAAGACAAUCUCCGAGUACAGGGCGGUACUAUCCCCAAUACGAACACUUCCUCCUGAGAUCCUCGAAAAGAUACUUCUUGAAGAUCGAGACUACCCUUUCCCCCAGCGCCAGGUCCACUAUCCUUGGGGUCUAAGUCACGUCUGUCGUUUCUGGCGAGGCGUCGUCAUAUCUAGCCCCCAUUUCUGGAAUAUCAUCGCCCUCGACUUGAGCUUCAAGCCAAAGCGAAUGCGGUCGUUUGAAACGUGCAUGGAUGUCGUCCUCGAGCGAUCACGGAACGUAGGACUCUAUGUUGCGAUUUAUGGCUCGCACGAUGACGACGACAACCCUUCCCGUCUGCUGUCCAUCCUGGCCAGCCAUUCCGAGCGCUGGGCGAACUUAUUUAUCAUGUCUGGACCCGAAACGCUCAUGAAACUCUCAUCUGUCAAGGGACGUCUCUCUCUUCUGUCCCGUAUCGGCAUCACUUUUCUGAGCAUUUUUGGGACCCAAGGAAAAUACGACCUCGACAUGUUCGCGGUGGCCCCGAAACUUCGAUAUGCCCUGGUGGCGGGGUCCUUGGGGCCGCAUUUGGACACUCUCCACCUCCCUCUCCCGUGGUCCCAUCUCAGGGCAUACGAAGACCACAUCGGCAAUCGAGCAGAUCAAGAGAGUCUCAUCUACUCGCUCUCACCCCGCAUCGAGAUACUCAAGCUAUGCCAGCAUCGUCCUACCACCCGUGACGAUGCGUUGCACUUCAACCGCCUCCAAAGGCUCACAAUUACCUUUAUGCACAAUAACAAUACUCACGACGGCUUUUUUGAGAGGUUGACGCUCCCUUCAUUGCGAGAAGCUUCUUUCAAAGGCCGAAUUGGCAAUUUCACCCCCAGAUUCACUGCCCUAAUUAGUCGCUCCAGCACCUCUUCACCUUGCUACCUCACCGUGCUGAGCUUCCGCGGGACCACGUCAUUCCAACCCGGUGAACUCACUCGUUUGCUCCUUCACACGUCUCGACUCCAGAAACUCACUACACCUCUCCCUCCCACUUACGACAUCCUCGAGCUUGCGAAAACCCGGCGCCACGAUAGUAUCACUCCUAAGCUCCGGGAACUCCACAUAUCCGUCGACGACCUCUUGUCAGAAGAUUAUCGAGACCCCAUUCGUCAGCUCGCUUCCGCGCGAUGUGGGUUCAUGCGCCAAAACACCACGGACUUCAAGCAGCACCGUGACGUCCCGAAGGAUAUACGUCGCGUUGAUUCGCUUGUGUUCUCAUUCACUUCCGAAGUUGCCACCCGCCUGGGAUAUUCGGUCCUUCAGGAAGAUUUUCCACAAGAAAGGCUGGACGAAAAAAUAGUGAAGACGAUGACGGCGUGGAAAGUACAGAUUUGGGACUCCAUCCCAUGGUUGAAAGGCCGUCCUGCGCCUCGAACGUCCUUUCUCACCGGCUCGCGUUUGAAGAAGCUCGAUCAGCUUUUUUCGACCAUCGAGGGCUAUGAAGUACCUUCGAGUGCCUAUCUCCGGGCGUCUUCAAUGCAUUUCCUGAUGUACAUUCUCUGCCAUCAGACAAAGGACGGCGACAUUCCAGGUGAUGGACGCUAUCACUUCCGUACACGGGCUUCCACAAUCCUCCAAAAUUGGAAACCUCUUCUGCUGAAGGACCUUCCUCAUUAUCUGUGGAGAAUCAAAGGCCGGACGCUGAUUUAUACUCCGUGGCACGAUGACAUACGAUCAAAGGCAGCAGGGAUGGAACUUAUAUACGGAGGUGGUCAGCAACGGACAGGACGACUUGCAUAUACCUCACUUACCUAUCUGACAAACCCAACAUUUGGACCCUAUUCUGUACUUCUACUACCCCGUAAAUCCAAAGGGCAAGGAAGAAGGAAGAGGUUGAAGCAAGAGCCCCGAUCCUCGCCCACCAAAACGCGGUCACUCAAGAACAUUUCAAGGGAACCUCCGUGCCUCAGAAUGCUCAGCUCCAGGCCAAUCCAACUCAACACAGACGCUACGUACUUCCCAACGAAAACGCCAGGUCGCGCAGGCAAGAACCGCGCGGAAAAUGCACAUGCCGGCAUUGGUGUGCCACCGACGAUUGGGAAGGGAAAGAACGUACCUAAGACCCCGUUUCAAUCUCAAUCUCGCCUGAAGGAUGGGAAGAUCAUUUUGAACACCGUAUCUCGGCCUUUGGGCGACAAGACACCACUUCCGAACCGUCUCGCGACCACGCUCUUCCAAACGCCCUUGCCACAGAAGAGCAAGUUGUCUCAAGUAUCCGUUGUCGGAGGAGGAGGAGAGCAGAAUGACGACGGAGAGGGGAACACGCCAGAGUCGGGCCAACGUCCAAGCUCAAUGCGCAAGCACAUCAAGCAUCCCCGCCUUUCGGGGAAGAACUUCCAGACACCUAUGAACAGGGGCAAUCACUGGGAAAUUAGCGAUGAUGAGGGUAUUGUUCUCGAUACCCAGCCUAUGCAGGAGACGAUCGUGGAGGAUGAGGAUGAUUUCGACGAAGUGGAGUAUGGCCCGCCGAAUACGCUGGACCUUCCGUAUCAACCCCCAUUCGAUUUUGAACUCCCGGACUACAAAGAAGUCGGGAAAGCACUGCGGCAGCUCGCCUUCUCCGUCCCAUGCGAUGAUAUCCCUGCUUUCCCUGAGCCCGAGAUCCCUGUUUCCGAGCUGGAAAUUCAAACAUGGGAUCUAAUCCCUCUUCCCGCCCUCGAAUCCGACGAUCCGUUCGACUUGGCCCGACUAGAAGCCUCAAACACCUCUAUGGUCACCACACCUGCAGCAGCAGCACAGACCUCUCGUCGAUUCGCACCGACGAAAAUUGCCAAUGCCGCUGUCUCGAAGGCUCGUCCUCAGUCGUCUCUCGCGCGGCUUGGUACCGCGACAAAACCUACAUUUGGCCGUCCUGACACUCGCGCCGCUCCAUCUGCCCCGCGAGCAGCGAGGCCUCUGACCACUAUUGCGAAGACUCCCUUCGGGAAAGUCCCUUCUCGAGCCACGCCUGCUGGGUCGACCUCUACUACUGCCACCAGCAGUAGUAAACCUCGCUCAGGAUCUGUCGCGAAGAAACCUCUCGCACCUGCGCCCGCCUCGAAGGUUCCCCACGAUUGGCUGUUCGCCCGCAUACGGCCUUGGCUGUGGGCACUCGCGGUGUGA